AUGAAGGUGACAACCCGCUUCCUUCUCGCUGCUGCCGUCGUGUGGAUCGACGCAGCCACAUCGCGAAGCGCGCCUCUUGCAUCCGAUGCUGUGCACGAGCAGUCGUUCCAGCUUCCCGCCGAUGCUGGCCCGGAUCUGCACGUCCUUGGUCUACCUUCCUCGUCGUCGGCCGUCGCUCCGCCUACCGAUGCCGAACUCAAGCCGCACACAGAUGCGACGAAUCUGACCCAGUACGUCAAUGUCUUUGUGGGAACCGAAGCCAAUGAUGAUCCGGGUGACGUCUUUGCGGGUGCUUCUGUGCCAUACGGAAUGGCCAAAGCCACGAUCAACGUCGAAGGGUAUGCCCCUGCCGGCUACGUCUGGCCCUCGGACCAGCCAACGCGCGGUGUGAGCCCGCUCCACGACUCGGGCACCGGCUCGAGCUCGGGUAGCUACGGCAACUUCUGCAUCAUGCCCAUCUUGUGUGCCGACAACGAGCUCGAUGCUUGCACCACGCUGCUCGAGCCUCGCGAACGCAUGCGUCGCAACGGCACCGAUCACGGCCGUCCCGGCUAUUUCACCACCACGCUCGACAACGGCAUCCGCAUCGAGCUCACCAGCACGCGCAGGAGCACGCUCGAAAAGUACACCUUCCCCGCUGCCGAGAUGCGCCGGGCCAAGUCGAGCCCGCACCUUGUGCUCGACUGGACCAACGACUCGCCGGGUACGCUCCGCGGUGGUGAGAUGAAGGCCGAUUGGCAGCAGGGCCGGCUCACGAUGAACGGCACCUGGCGCAGCUCGUUCGGCCCGGGUGACUUCCGCUACCAGGCCUUCCAAUGCCGCCAGGAUCUCGACCACUGGGUCAGAGUAGCCCAGCAAAUCGGCCAAUACCAGGCGGGUGCCCUGGUCCGGUUCGAUGUGGAUCGCGAAGCCAAGGAGGACGUCACCAUCCUGGUGCGCCGUGGCGUCUCCUUCGCAUCGGCCGAGAAUGCCUGCCGCAACAUGGAAGCCGAAGUGGGCGACUGGGACUUUGAUGCCGCCGUGGCUUCCAGCGAGGCGGCGUGGGAAGACAAGCUUCGACGCAUCGAAUUGAGUGCCGCAACGCCCGACUACAUCCGAAGGCUCUUCUACACCAGCAUGUACCGCACCUUUCUUUCGCCCAACAACGCCACGGGUGACAGUCCCUUUGCCACCGAUUCGCCCUACUUUGACGGCAUGUAUUGCACCUGGGACACGUUCCGCACACUCUUCCCCUUCCUCUCGCUCACCAGUCCGCACGAGUUUGGCGAGAUCGUCGAGACCUACAUCGACGGCUGGCGCAAGGAAGGCUGGCUCCCCGAAUGCCGAGCCAACCAGGUCAAGGGCUUCGUGCAGGGUGCCAACCAUGGUGUGCCCGUGCUGGCCGACUUUGCGGUCAAGUAUGCCAAGGCGGCAAGCUCGCUUGGUGUCGACACGGACGAGCUUUACCGCGCCAUGCAGCACGACAUUGACGUGCCUUCGCCGCAGUGGGAAUACGAAGGGCGACAGGCUGCGCCAUACCAGAUGUAUGGCUACAUUCCCUUUGGCUAUUUGGACCCAGCUUCGGUGGGUGAGCAGACGCGCGAGGCGAGCCGCUCGCUCGAGUAUGCCUUUGGCGACUUCACCGCUGCCAUGACGGCGCAAGCCUUGGGCAAACCGGCUGAAGAUGUACAGCGGUAUGCCAUGGCGUCGCUCAACUACUCGCUCAACUUCGGCCACGGGAUGGCGAGCGACGGCUUCAAGACCUUUGUGCAGCGACGCCGUGCCAACGGCACGUUUGUUCCGAGCGAUCCGACCUUCUGCUCGCCGCUUGACAGCAACUCGAGUCAUGCAUGCAGCUUGCAGGCGGAGAAUGACUUUGGCGUGUACGAGUCGUCCUCGUGGGAGUACAGCUUCUACGCUCCUCACGACCGGGCCGGCCUCGUCGAGCUGAUGGGCGGCAAUGCCACCUUUGAGAAGCGGCUCGACCACUUUUUCAGCAAGGGAUACUUUGCGCCGGGAAACGAGCCCAGCUUCGACACGCCGACUCUGUACCACGUGAUUGGCAAGCCGUACCGCAGCGUGCGACGGGUGCGCGAGGUGGUCGACACCUACUUUUCGCUGAAGCCGGGCGGCAUCCCGGGCAAUGACGACAACGCAGCCAUGGCAUCGCUGCUUGGAUUCUACCUGCUCGGCUUCUACCCGACGCCAGGCACCAAGGAGCUGCUGAUCCUGUCGCCCUUCAUGCCCGGCUAUACGCUCCACAAUCCGGUUCUGGGCAAGGCGACGGUGAAUGUGGUCGGCUACGACGCGCGCUCGAUCGGCAAGACCAUCCCGAAGGGAGUCAGGGCAUUCGUCAACGAGGUGCGCAUUGAUGGCAAGCGUCACACGUCGCGGUGCCGAUUGAGCUUCGACGAUCUCUUUCCCGGCACGCCCGAAGGUGAGCGCAAGGUGGAGAUCAUGCUGACCGAGCAAGAGGUCGAAGGAUGCGGUGAUACGGAUAGCGACUGGCCUAUGUCUCUCUCGACCGGCGGCUUCCUGGACGUCAAAGGCACGCGCAGACCUUCUUAA